CCGAUCGUCUGGGAAACUUUUAGUGUAACUUUGUGAAACAUCUGGAUGUACCCUCUCUGAUCUGUCUGACUGUGCUGUAGGGAAAUCCGAAAUGCCAUUGCGACGCACGGCCUCGGCUCCUCUGAAACAGCAAUGAGUCAGUUUAGCCUUCUCCGCUUUCUUCGCACGCCGAUGGUGUGUGUUCCCUUACCGCACGUUUUCAGUUUGUCUUUUCUCUCUCUUUCUCUUACCCCCUUCCCCUCCUCCUGCCUUUGUGGUCGAGUGUUCCUUUUCCAUCUGUGUGGUCUGGAGGCCUGUGUUGUGGCUAUAGCAUAGGCUUUUACAUUGUUCGAGACAGGUCGGACAGAAUGAGUCGGAGUGAAGGAGGAGUUGGAGGGAGGACUGGAGGAGUUUUCCUUGAGAAUGUUUGUUUUCCUGUUUCCAUUUUGGUCGGCCAGAGGGCCUGUUCUGUCAGAGCUCCCAUUCACGGAACCUGCUGCGAGGACGCCUGACUACGCCAUACACAACCGCCUGCGCUCUCUGGAUGUUUAUUGCGGUCGCUGUGUUGCGUUUAUCACAACGAUGCUCUUUCAGUGUAUCCAAAGUUGUUGUUCUCUGUUUGCCCAUCAUAUGGUAAUCCUUACGGCUUUGCAGUAAUUCAGAAGACAGAGCAGUGUGAUGUGGCCCCGACUCUCACCCAGGAUCGUCCGUGAGAACCCUUGAAGAGGACGUGAAAAGGAAGGACACCACAAUUUGUGAGAAACGAAUGUGGAGACAGGACAUCAAAAGUGAAAGUCUGCUCAUGUUAAUGGAAACAGUGGAAUAAAUUGGAACGCAGCAUGGACGUGGAAUAAAGGAUAUCUCAGAGGCAGGGCAAGGGCUUUGGAUGUUCUGCCAACUCUGAAAUCUGCCUCCUGUGGAAGUGGUGCUGAUAAUGCUCUAACCCAAUGCUCAGCAGAGAUAUGGUGCGGAAAAAGAAUCCCCCUUUGAGAAGCUUCGGCGGAGAGGAAGACGAAGGCGAAGCGGCGACGGUAGCGGAGGCUGCGGGUCCGGAGAGCGGCGAGGCAGCAGGCAGCGAGGCCUCGGUACCAGAGGAGCAUUCAGAGCCGGGCUCCCCCGGCUCCCUCAAACCAGGCACUCCUGGCUUUCAUUAUCAGCAAACAGAGAACGCCGAUGCCUCGCCGUCACGAUCAGACCGCGGCCAAAGUCCUGAUGGAGAGGGUGACGCCGGUAAGGGUGGAGCAGAGUCUCGGAGACAUUCGUCAUUGCGCAGGGGGCCAGAGGAAUGCGUCAUUGUACAGAGCUGUGCCAGCAACGGCGAGGAAAGAGAGCCUACCCACAGUCCUCUAGUGCCGCCUGGUUCCGAAAGCCUUCACAUAGAAGGCGAGGAUGGAUCUGAGGUCCCUCGGCUCCCUCUCCAUCCGCUUCACCCGCACAGGCCUAGUGACGAGGCCUCUAGCCCUCCGAGAGCCGAGAGCGGCGCUCCGCCACCUUCCUCUUCCUCCUCGUCCUCCUCCUCACCCAAGCUACAGGACUUUAAGUGCAACGUAUGCGGGUACGGCUACUACGGCAACGAUCCGGCUGACCUCAUUAAGCACUUCCGCAAGUACCACCUGGGCUUGCACAACCGCACCCGACACGACGCCGAGCUCGACAGCAGGAUCCUCGCUCUGCACAACAUGCCGCAGUUUCAAAGUCAAAGUCACGGCAAAGACGGCAGCAGGCACCCCGGUGUCACCGCUGACCCGGGCUCGCCCAGAGACUCGCUACUCAAUGGCACCUAUGACGUUCAGGUGACAUUAGCGGGCACCUUCAUAGGCAUUGGGAGGAAGACGCCAGACUGUCAGGGUAACACCAAGUAUUUCCGCUGCAAGUUCUGCAACUUCACCUACAUGGGCAGCUCGUCAGUGGAGCUGGAGCAACACUUUCUUGAUGCCCACCCAAACAAGAUGAAGAACCCUCCGUUGGGUAUCACAAGCCCUGAAGACAAGUCUGUGGAAGCAAAGGGAAACUGUGCGCCAUGGCCAGGAGUCGAGGAGCCAGGCACGUGGGCAGAGCGGGUGGCGGUCCGAGCAGAGGACGACUCAGUGGCCGGGUACUCUGUGCCAAUCCGGCCGGCGGGCGCCGACAUAUCAGCAGCGUAUUACUGGUGCAAGUACUGCAGCUUCAGCUGCGAGGCAUCCAGCUCCACGAAACUGCUGGAGCACUAUGAGAAGCGCCACUGCCAGGCUGCAGGGCUGGAGAGCAGUCCGGGAGAGAAGGAGCGAAAAGCCAGAGAUGGAGAUCUAAAUGCAAAGAGGAAGGAAAAUCAGAGCAGCAAGGCAGGCACGGGUGCUGACUCAGAGACAGUGGUGACCAGCUACAAUUGCCAGUUCUGCGAUUUCCGCUACUCCAUGAACCACGGGCCUGAUGUCAUUGUGGUGGCUCCGCUGCUACGCCAUUACCAGAGGGCACACAACAUCCAUAAGUGCGCUAUCAAGCAUUGCCCGCUGUGUCCGCGCGGCCUCUGCAGCCCCGACAAGCACCUGGGCGACGUCUCGUAUCCUUUUGCGUGUCGCAGGAGCUCGUGCCCGCACUGUGCCAUGCUUUUGCUGCAGCUGACACCUAUCGGUGGUGCCACGCCACCACCCAGGGCCUCUGUCACCCACCUGUGCGAUCAGUGCACAUUCUCCUCCACCGAUGUGGACCUGCUGCUCUUGCACUAUGACAGUGCCCACGCUCCCCGCGCCCUACUGGAAGCCAAGCCCGAAGACGAGGCGACGGGCGAGGGAGGUGGCCGGGGCCAUCACGGAGAGUACACCUGCACCAAGUGCAACUUCUACACCGAGGUGGAGGAGGAGAUUUUUCGUCACUACAGGAGAGUUCACAGCUGCUGUCGAUGCCGCCACUGCAGCUUUACAGCAGCCGACACCACGUCCCUGCUCGACCACUUCAACUCAGUCCAUUGUCAAGAGUCCAGUGAACCAGGCUCUGCCCCUGCUAAUGGUUGCUCCGCCCCCUCCACCCUGCGCAUUAAAGAGGAGAGUAAAAGCGACCUGAAGCUCUACAGCCUGGUGCCCCCAGAGGCCAGACCCGCCGAGGCUGUCAAAACUGAAGCCCCCGAUGAGAAAGAGAAGGAGAAGUCUUGGCCUGAGGCUCGAGGAGGGACAGAGCAGCAAAUCCAGGGCAUGCUCUGGGUUCCCAAGGAGCGAGUGGGAGAAGUGCUGCGGGGAAGCCCUGCACCGUUCCCUCACGUUACACUAGGGUUGCUGAGCUCUCCCUCAGUCCCACAAGAGCAGCAGCAGAAAGGUGCAGCUGUGCUCAGAGACUCGCCAGGCCUGGUGUUCAGCCUCGGCGCAGACGCUAAGGGCUACCUGCAGGGGACGCCAGCAGGUACAGCAGCCGAGAAGCCAGGGCAGCAGUACCCCAGCUCAACAGAGGGCAAGAGUGCCAAGGAAGAGUCACAAUCACUUCUACGGAGACGGCGGGGAUCGGGGGUCUUCUGUGCCAACUGCCUGACCACCAAGACCUCACUGUGGAGGAAAAAUGCCAACGGGGGCUAUGUGUGCAACGCGUGUGGCCUCUAUCAGAAGCUCCACUCGACUCCCAGGCCGCUGAACAUUAUUAAGCAGAACAACGGCGAGCAGAUCAUCCGCCGGCGCACACGAAAGCGCCUGAACCCGGACAGCGUGACACCAGAGCAGGCAACCUCCAAGCAGCAACGUGUCAGCACUGAGGAUCGGCUCAAUGGCAGCCCACUGGAGCGCAGGGCUGACGAGCCGGGAGCUGAGACCCACAUCCAGCCAGGCAAGGGGCAGCCAAGCCCACGCUCCACACACGCCUUUCUGUUGAGUCAGACGCUGGAGAUCCACAAGCGCAUGCCACCCCUACAUGCUCACAAGAGCCCUGGUGACAGCACAGGACCAGAGGGCAAUGGGCCAGGUAUGGGUACGCAGGUUGCUUCUGAAAGGGGUAGUCCUAUUGAGAAAUACUUGCGUCCAUCCAAGCAGGCCACCUACUCACCUCCAGGCAGCCCCAUUGAGAAGUACCAGUACCCUGUCUUCAGCCUACCUAUUGUCCACAGCGAGCUCCAGAACGAGGCUGACUGGCUUCGCUUUUGGACCAAAUACAAGAUGGCCGUGCCAGGAAACCCAGGCCAUUACCUUGGCCUACCUAACCCGUGCCAAAGCUUUGUGCCUUACCCCCCCUUCGGCCUCCCCCCUCACUUCCCACCACCUCCACCUUCUGGACCUGACAGUGACACCCCUCUAGACCUGGCCAUCAAGCAUCAUUCCAAACCCAGUUCCCUUCCUAACGGUGCCACCAUGCCCAAGGAGAAGACCCCGCUGGAAAAACGGGCAUCUCCGUUGGCAACCAGAGACAACGAGGCCAAAGACGACGAUGGUGCUGUCCUGCAGCCCAUUAAACCAGAAAGGAUUGAUCAGGGCACCCAGGAUGAGCUGUGCAGUAAGUGUGCCCAUUGUGGCAUCGUUUUUCUAGACGAAGUUAUGUACGCCCUGCAUAUGAGCUGCCAUGGCGAUGGUGGACCCUUCCAGUGCAGCAUCUGUCUACAUGCCUGCGCUGAUAAGUAUGACUUCACCACCCACAUCCAACGAGGGCUUCACCGCCCUGCGCCUGACCCAAACGCUAAGGUCACGGAUGAAUGAAGCACAGUUAGAGCAUUAUGGAAGGAAGCUAAUAAAAGACUCAGCAGGAGAAAAACAUUGUACACAUGAAUGCGUAAAAUUUUUUUGUUGUUGUUCUCAUUGAUCAAAACGUGCCAAGAUGCCUUCUGGCACCUCAGCAACCAAUUUAAGGGCCAUUGACAGACAGCAUUUCUAUUCAGACUCAUGGCAACAGACUAUUUGCUGUUUUUAAAGAAAUGCCUUUAAGAAAAUGGUACAAGUAGGUUAUAAAUUUAGAUGUUUUUGUUGUAUUUCUUUUAACCCACAAUUUUCAUUUUGACAACGCAGUUCAGUAAGCUGGGUACAUCUACUCAAACUGAGUCCUGUUUAUUGUAUCAGGGCUGUUCCCGGCCUCCUGGAAUGUUCUCUUACCUGGUUUUGAACAAAGCGGGGAUGUGGAACUCUGUGUGGCAAACAGUGUGCAAACAUGCCAGUUCUUUGUCACUAUGGCAACACCAUAAGUGAGUUUCAUCCUCAAAACAAACAUCCUCAGGGAAUGUGUAUGGCUGAAAUAUAUGACAAAUUAGUUUAGGCCUUUCUGUCUCUGGUUAACAUUAUACUAAAUAUCUUACAGUUUAAUGUUGCUUUUCAUAAUGUAUAUUUUUCCUUUCGAGAAGUGUUGGAUUACAUAAUUCCAUCGAGAUAUGUUAGCUGCUGCAUCGGUUGCUGAGAUGGUAACCUGUCACUCCAGAAAUUUGGGAAGGAAUAAUAAAAAAAAAAGAUAUUUUUUCUAAGUUGAUAAUAGGAAUAAUCAUAUUACCAGUGCCUGAUAAAGUAUUUUCUACCUGAUGUUGAUAUGCAACAUUGAACUUGCAUCUGAAUAAGGGCCUUGAGCUUGGCUCUGAAAAAGUUUACAUUUGCAAAUGUAGCAAACAAGGUAAUGAAGCAAACACCUGCUAUUGUUUUUUUUUUUUUUCUUUCACAUAAAAUGGAAAGAUAACAUUGUCCAUACUUUCACAUUUUAACUUUUUAAAAGGUGGACAUUAAGCAAAAGUUUGUUUAGCCACCAAAGGCACUAUCCAUUCCAAGCAUAGUCCUUUCUGACUUUGUUCAUCCAUCCUAUUUGUGUUGUUACGCUUUUUAGUAAAAUAGCUUGUUGUAAUGGGACUCGCAUUUCCUUGUAUUUUGUCUUAUCGACAUUGAGCAGGGGAAGCCGAAAAAAACUCAAGGCUUUAUGUGCAAAUUUUGGAGGAAACGCACCUCACCCCUUAACAUACCCCCACAAACCCACCCACCCAUCCACAUCUCUCUGGUCUUUUAACCAGCAUGGAUCGAAUUGAAUUCCAUUUUUCUGAGUUAUUUGGAGAGUCAGCGUUAAAUUGUGAUUGUUCAUAAGAAAAAGACAUGACAACUGUUGUUGAUAAUUUUAUAACUGCAGGUGUUUUCGGUGCCUUCUGAUGAAACUUAGAGACGUCUUUGUUAGAGACGUUUCAGAUUGCUCUGCUGUUGUAAGCCACACUUUGGUUUAGACAACAUUACGCUUUCUGUUAUAGAAAACAAAUAACUGAGAAAUGUGUCUUACUUAUAAAACAAAUUUGUCCCAAAAUGUCUUGAUUAUGCAUUCGGAAAAGAUCUUUACUACCAAAACACAUCAUAUCACAUUAUAAGCUCAACAACUUAAUUUAUUCGGUGAGCACUCAUUUCACUUUUUUAAUAGAAUUUUUUUUUUUAUUAUUAUUUUUUUUUUACUUACACACCGUCCGUGUCUGGCAUAACAGGCCACAUCAGCUCGAUGUUUCUGUGCACUAGCGCAAUGUGUGCAUGCUCUGUUUUUGUUUCACUGUGCGUUUCUCAUACCCAGUCCCUUCUAUCAGCCAUGGAUUCAGCAAGCUGGGUCUUGUCUGGCUACACACGGACAUUAUUUAUAUGAAAGGGGAAUGUGAAGAGAGAGAGAGAGAGAAAAAGAGAGAUGCUCUGGAUGUCUUGAGGACGUCUCUACAUUUCACAGAUCCUCACAUAUAGCCUUACAAUGCUGCUUAACUGCAAAAGCCUCUUGAAAAUAAUUAUAGUGUCGCUUUUUUGGAGCAUUUAUACAGUUGGGUAUUACAAAGAUCUUUGUUUUCUGCAAACCUUUCGAUUUGUAAUUAUGUUAAUGCUUGCACUUCAGUUAUUCUUUUUUUUUUGUUUGUUUCUUUUUUUUGCCAAGGAAGAAAGUUUUAUUAGCAUGCUAUUACUAUGAACAGGUACUGCAUUGUAAUAAGCAAACAAGAUUGUGCCUUUUUUUUUUUAAAGGCCUUGUAUAGGUCUUUACCAACAUUGAAACACAAAGGAGUAUUUGUUUUUUGCCUGGAAGCCAGUUUGGCUCUCGUCAAGGCAGAAGGCAAGACUAUGUAAAUGUUUUAACUAUUAUUUUUAGAACAUUAUUGUUUUUACACCUUUGCUGCGUUUUAAGUGCAUAGAUGACGGUUUAGAAUUUCUUUAUUUUGAUUUUCUUCAACUGCCACCUUAACAUUUUUUGUGUUGUAGGUUUUACAUGCAAAAAGAUAAAAUAAAAGAUGGCAAAGAUGUCUGUUACAUCUAAACUUGAAUAAUGAUGCUGAUAAUAAUAAUGAUAAUAAUAAUAAUAAUUAAUAAAGUAAUAACGAAACA